AUGCCUUCCACACACAACAAGGAGAAGUCAUGGGACACAGAUGACAUUGACAAGUGGAAGAUCGAAGAAUUCAAGCCCGAACACAAUGCCGCCGGAAGCUUCGUCGAGGAGUCAUCCUUCAUGACCCUCUUCCCCAAAUACCGCGAACAAUACCUGAAGGAAGCAUGGCCGGUGAUCACCCGCGCUCUGGAGAAGCAGGGGAUCGCAUGCACACUGGAUUUGGUGGAGGGAAGCAUGACAGUGAAGACAACACGAAAGACCUACGACCCAGCCGCAAUCAUGAAAGCCCGCGAUCUGAUCAAGCUGCUCGCGCGAAGCGUGCCAGUCACACAAGCGAUGAAGAUCCUCGAAGACGGCACAGCCUGCGACGUGAUCAAGAUCCGCAACCAGGUCCGCAACAAAGAGCGCUUCGUCAAGCGGCGCCAGCGCAUCCUCGGCCCGAACGGUUCAACUCUCAAGGCACUGGAACUGCUCACCAGCACAUACAUCCUGGUACAGGGAAACACGGUUGCGGUGAUGGGACCGUACAAGGGGUUGAAGGAAGUGCGACGGAUCAUCGACGACUGCAUGGCGAAUAUCCAUCCGAUCUACCAUAUCAAGGAGCUCAUGAUUAAACGCGAAUUGGCCAAGGACCCGACGCUGGCGGGAGAGUCCUGGGACCGGUUCUUGCCUAACUUCAAGAAGCGCACGCUGUCCAAGCGUCGUGUUCCGUUCCAGGUUACCGACAAGAGCAAGAAGGUUUACACGCCGUUCCCGCCUGCGCCGGAGAAGAGCAAGGUCGACUUGCAGAUCGAGUCUGGAGAGUACUUCUUGUCGAAGGAGGCGAAGGAUCGGGCUCAGAAGGAGGAGGUUGUCGAGAGGCAGCGGGUCAAGCGGGAAGAGAAGAUGCGCGAGCGCGAGAAGGAUUUCAUUGCGCCCGAGGAGGUUGCGCCGGUGGAUUUGGAGGAGAAGAAGAGAAAGAAGGAGAAGAAGGAGAAGAGCAAGCGGAAGCGAGAGACUGAUGCGGAUGUUGAUGUGGACGAUGCUGCUGAGCGCAAGGAGAAGAAGAAAAAGAAGAAGAGCAAGUCCAAGGAUGCAUCUUCCGAUGCGGAAUGA